GGUUCAGUGGAGAAAAUUGCGGUAGUAACUUUGCAGCAGAGCAGAAGUGUAUCUGUUCAGAAUGCCGCUGUGUGAACGGGCCGGGCUGUUCCGUGUCUUGUGCCUGUUCACCGUGUUUGAGGCGGGAUGUCUGCUGGACACCGGGAUGCUCUUCCCCCGGGAGUCUUCCUCCAGAGAGGUGAAGGAGCUGAACGGGCUGUGGGACUUCAGAGCCGACAGGUCUCCAAACAGGAACCUGGGCUUUGAGAAGGCUUGGUACAAGAGUCGGCUGUCUGAGACCGGCCCGGUGAUUGAGAUGCCAGUUCCUGCCAGCUACAAUGACAUCACCCAGGACGCCUCACUGAGAGAUUUCAUUGGCUGGGUGUGGUAUGAGCGAGAGGUGGUGGUGCCCACUCGCUGGAUCACAGAUGAAGGAACCAGAGUGGUGAUCAGAGUGGGAAGUGCCCACUAUAACUCUGUGAUGUGGGUGAACGGGGUGAAAGUGACGGAGCAUAAAGGCGGCCAUCUUCCUUUUGAGGCUGAGAUAGGGAGUGUUAUCAGGAAAGACCCGACUCAGCCAUGCAGGAUCACCAUCGCAGUCAACAACACCCUGAGUCUGAACACUCUGCCUCCAGGAACCAUCCAACACAUGGAUGACCGCACCAAGUAUCCUGAUGGUUUUUUUGUGCAAAACAUCUACUUUGAUUUCUUCAACUAUGCUGGCAUUCAUCGCUCUGUACUGCUGUACACGACCCCUAAGGCCUAUGUGGAUGACAUCACCGUGGUGACUGACUUCUUGGACAACACUGGUCUAGUCAAAUACAAGGUGUCGGUCCAAGGUGCAGCCGCAGCCACAGCCGCCCUGAAGGUCACUCUGAUAGACAAAGAUGGCCGCUGUGUGGCCUCCUCCGAGGAGCCAUCUGGAGUGCUCAAAGUUGUGGAUGUCAAGCUGUGGUGGCCGUAUUUGAUGCAUGAGAAUCCAGGGUACCUGUACUCUCUAGAGGUUCGCUUAAUGGCAGCCGAUGAGAGGUCAACAUAUGAGGAUGUGUACACUCUACCAGUCGGCAUCCGCACGGUCAACGUCACCAGCACACAGUUCCUCAUCAACAACAAGCCCUUCUACUUCCAUGGAGUCAAUAAGCAUGAGGACUCUGACAUUCGAGGUAAAGGCUUCGACUGGCCCCUGAUCGUCAAGGACUUUAACUUACUGAAGUGGUUGGGGGCGAACUCGUUCCGCACCAGUCACUACCCGUACGCUGAGGAGAUCCUGCAGAUGUGUGACCGCCACGGCAUUGUAGUGAUAGAUGAGUGCCCAGGGGUGGGCAUCAAAGACAUUCGCAGUUUUGGAAACGCCUCCCUGGCCCAUCACCUAGACGUCAUGGACGAGCUCGUACGUCGGGACAAGAACCAUCCCUCUGUGGUGAUGUGGUCGGUAGCCAAUGAGCCGGCUGCAGAGAUGCCCCCUGCUGAAUUCUAUUUCAAGACGGUGAUAAAACACACCAGAGAUCUGGAUCCAACCAGGCCUGUCACUUACAUCACAGACAGUAACUAUGCCAGAGACAGAGGGGCUCCCUAUGUGGAUGUAAUCUGUGUGAACAGUUAUUUCUCCUGGUACCAUGACCCAGGACACCUGGAGGUCAUCCCCAUCCAGCUCAACUCUCAGUUUGAGAACUGGUAUGGAAAGUACCAGAAACCCAUCAUCCAGAGCGAAUACGGAGCAGACGCAGUGCCGGGACUCCACAGUGAUCCACCUGUGAUGUUUUCUGAGGAAUACCAGAAGGUCGUGCUGCAGAGCUACCACAGCGUGUUGGACCAGAAGAGGAAACAGUAUGUCAUUGGCGAACUCAUCUGGAACUUUGCUGACUUCUUGACUGCACAAGGGAUCACUCGUGUGGUGGGGAACAAGAAGGGUGUAUUCACCAGGCAGCGGCAGCCCAAAGCAGCAGCAUUCAUCCUGAAGGAGAGAUACUGGAGACUGGCAAAUGAAACGAGGAGACUACCUCCGUGGACCAAGUACCCCUGCCCACUCUGACACCCGCAGGUUGGAGCACCCAUCCCAGGACAGGCUUGAUCCCAUGUAAACAAACACUGUGCCUCAUGGAAAAAGGUUGUUAAUUUCUCGAGGCAGUUUAGCAAAUUCCGAACAAUUCCUUUGAAGACACUUCAGUGUGUAUACAUAUGACUACCAUGUAACACCAUUUAGUUUUGCUUUUCUUAUGGUCUACAAAUACAAGAUAAACUACAAAUACGGAAUAUUUUCAGAAUAUAAAAGCAAUUUUUUGGUGCUGAUCAAAUUUGGUGUCUAGUGCCUCAUCAUGCUGCGUUCACAAGGAAUCAGACAGACUGUAGACGACAAACAGGAUAUCAAUUUAAUGGACGAGAGCAGCGUGAUAGGUGAGGCUGGCAAAGAAUACUGGCAACAACAGCAGACAGCAUUGAUGUCCAAAGUUUAAAUAUUUUAACUGCUGUCCUCCACAACAGAAAUUACAAGUGGACGUUACAUAGCUCCCUCAUGAAAGGCAGUGACAUAUGAUGGAUUUAGUGUUUCUCAGACUACAAGUAAGACAAAAAUUAGCAAGCGAGCACAGCCUGAUACCACCUGCCUUACUCCCGGCCACAAGGACACUACUUUCCUGGGAGGAGAGUGAGCAGCUCAGACUUAAGCUGCUGUAGGAACAUGAAUUCAGCCAACUCUAAGGUUCACAGCAAGCCGGUGGCCAGCGGCCUAUCCCAUGUAAUGGCAGCAACAGAAAAUUAGCUGGUCAAAUCCCCGCUGCUCAGUCACGCUCUGGCUGAAUUUUAGUUGCUACAAGGCACUAAAUGAAGAUCCGUCUUUGCCAGGCCGCUGCUGCAAAAUUGCUAAAAUGAAAACAUAGCAUGUGUGGACUCUGUGUUUUGGUGAGUGCCAGCCGUUUAUUGACGUUAGCACACUGGGACACGGGAACGCGCAUAGACAUCACAUCAUUUGGAUUUUCCUGGAAAAUCUGUCCCGAGUCCUUUACAUAGAAGUCAGUCUACAGGUUGAUAUGGGCAACAAAGAAAGUCUCGUUUUUUUAAGGUCAAUAACAAUACAUCACCAUAGCAACAUAUCGUCACGCAUGUUCCGUUAUGUCGUUUAUUCCUUCCAGAAGGGGUUCUCCAUCUGCCUGAAUUCAUGUGAAUACACCAUUAAUAGUGAAAUCCACAUUUUCUAAUAAUAAUCAUACUUUUGAUAUCAUACUUCCUAGGAUACACCUGACUGAUGGUGUCACACUUUAUUACAGGACAUUCUGAUACACAUCUGUGAGGCGGUGCUUUCCACUGCUAUCAUAAAAAGGUCAAGGUCACAUACCAAUCAAAUUCCUUCAUAGGUGAUUGGCUCUCCUCCAGUCAGCUGAUACAAGUUACACCUGGCACAGACAGCACAUCAAAAUACAAAGACACUGUACUAUUUUCCUUUCCUCCAUAUGUUUGUUUGAGGGAUUGUUUUCAGUGUUUUAGUAGUUUGAUAUAAAAACUGUUGCAGAGUUUUAGUGUUUCCCAAGGAUACUUAAUACAUGUUGAUGUGAAUCACAAUGCUGAACCUAAUCAUAGAAGUGUUUUAUUUUUAUAUGUGAAAUUUUGAUAUGAAUCAAGCUAUUAAAGACAAAACAUGGACCCAA